AUGAGUUCAACACAAACCCACGAUGAUGACACACUACAGGUAACUGCUGGGCAGUCACCCAGGGGUAUCGGGUAUCUACCACCAGAGCUGCUUCUGAAAAUCGCCGACUUCGCUGCAGUCACCGAUGCGAACUCCAAGAAAGUUCUCUGCAAGCUCUGUCUAGUCAAGCCUCUCAACCCAACCGCGACGGAAGCGCUUUACGCCAACAUUCAUGCCGGUGCCGACUUCAACCCCGUCCUUCUUAUACGAACCCUCCUCAGCCACCCCUCUCUCGCCGCCCUGGUGCGCUCGCUCAAGCUAAAUGCAGUCUGGAACGGAUAUCGGAACCAGAAGUACCGAAUAGCGGUAUUGAACAGCGAUGACCCCAACACCCCUCCAGUAACCCUCGAAGACUUGCAGGGUUUGACUACAGACCCCGUCGUUAAACGGCUACUGCAAGCUCCAGAUAUUCACUUCGGGGCUGCAGCGUGUGCAUUGCUAUAUCUCCACACACCAAAUAUACAUACUCUGAAGUAUGCCGUGGAAGGCCACUACCGCAAACUCAAGCUCCCAGAGCUCUCCAUCAUGGUAUCCACGCGACCAUGGGAAAUCCCCUUUCUCCCCGGGCCGCUCUUACAGACGCCACCAACCUACAACCUCCUCAAAAACGUCACCAUCCGAACCCCCCACGUAGACAUCGACCGCAUCGCAAAGCUCCUCCAACUACCCAACCUACACCAACUAGAAGUCUGGAACCUGCGCGAACUUCAGCCCCGUCAUUCCUGGCACUGGGACGCCGCCCUAUUCCCCGACCACACAUCCACGGUCCGCCAUCUCACUCUGCGCGGCGGCUACCUGCACGUCGACGUCUUGAGUCUAGUGAUACGGUGCUGCAAGUCGCUGUCACAUUUUGCUUAUCACAUGGCACGGAAUCAUAAUCAUAGGUUUCAGCUGUGGACCAAGUUCGAUAGGCCGACGACUAUUCACUUCGGCGUUGUUGUUGACGCGCUAAGGACACAUCGGGAGACGCUGCGGCACCUGGCGCUGUAUAACACGGGGGCGACGGAUAGGCGUGUGGCUCCGAACUGGAUCCCUGCGUCACUCGCUGACUUGUACAAGCUUGAGAGCUUGUGUGUGGAUGCUAGUGUCGUCUUUCCCCGCUACGCAUGGGGUAGGCUGAAAGAUCUACUUCCUGCUUCGCUCAAGCGACUGCAUCUCCUGCAUACCUGGUACGAGCUAAUGACAGACUGCGUGUUUGUGAGCGGCGCGUUGUAUAAGAUGUAUGAUAGAUACCUGUUCCCUCAUCUGAGCUUCGUGGAGAUUGAGGUGAACAGGGAGUUUUGGCGUUGGGCGGAGGAAGUGGAGAAGGAGGAUGAGGGGUUUGUGUAUAGGGCGUCGGCUGUUAAGGCGUUGAGGGAGAAGGGGGUUAGGGCUGUUUAUAGGAAUAGGGAGGAUAUGGGGAGUGAGUGGGCGGUUGUUCGGGGGUGGGACGGGGAGUGA